GCUCGUCACAUUACUAAAGUAGUACCCACGACUAAGAUUCAGAGGCACGAAAUCGAACACAAAGAUUGUCGACAGACGAGUUUCAGAGACAGUCGCAGAUGAAAUAAAGCCGAGCAGCAGAGGUCUUCUUCCGCAGGCGGUUGGUGCUCCGAGCACGCGGCAUUAGCUCCAUCAGUGGCGGAGGGAUACAUGGCUUCUCCUCCCGGUCCUGCUUUGACGCGAGGAGGGUGUGUGACCCGCUGUACCUGCCUUUGAUUCCACAGAGGCAGCGCGCCACAAGCGCUUCGAACCAUGGACGAAGUGGCGAGCCACAUAGAUGUGCAUUUCCAGCACAAAUAUUAACAAGCUGUCGCCGCUGCUCUGCGACAAGACGGCAAGACAUUUUGUCUCACACUGAUGCGCUCAUGUGGGUGAUGAUGUUGCUGCGCGGCUGAGGUGGAUGCUAAGGUAGAGACCCCAGGACAGACACACUACCUGAAAAACGCCAUCAGUGCUGGCAAACAACAGCAGGUGUCAGAAUUUGUUAAUAUGCAAUCCUCCUGAGCGUCCCCCUUCCGGUGGUGUGGUGCGAGCAUGCCAGUGCAGGCGGCCCAGUGGACAGAGUUCUUGUCUUGUCCCAUCUGCUAUAAUGAAUUUGACAGUGGUAGCCACAAGCCCAUCAGCCUGGGCUGCUCACACACCGUAUGUAAGACUUGUCUGCACAAACUGCACAGGAAAGCAUGUCCAUUUGAUCAAACCCCAAUCAGCACGGACAUCGACCUGCUGCCUGUUAACUGUGCGCUGUUGCAGCUGGUUGGGGCGCAAAUUUCAGUCGUGCAACCGGUGAGUCUGAAGACAGCAGCCGAAGUUGCGCACUAUGAGGUGUGCAGGGUGUGUGUCGAAGAGCUGGCUCUGUACCUUAAACCCAUCAAUGGCACCAAGGGCAUGGCGUCAGUAAGUCCAAGUGCGCUGAGUCGGCCCAUGCAGAGGAAGCUUGUGACUCUGGUGAACUGCCAGCUGGUGGAGGAGGAGGGUCGUGUGCGGGCAGUGCGUGCAGGUCGCUCGCUGGGCGAACGGACUGUCACUGAGCUAAUCCUGCAACAUCAGAACCCCCAGCAGCUCUCUGCUAACCUCUGGGCUGCAGUGAGGGCUCGGGGUUGCCAGUUUCUUGGUCCCGCUAUGCAGGAAGAUGCACUGAAGUUGGUUCUACUUGCUCUAGAAGAUGGCUCGGCUCUUUCCAGAAAAGUGCUUGUUUUGUUUGUGGUCCAAAAGUUAGAGGCUCGAUUCCCACAGGCCUCAAAAACCAGCAUUGGCCAUGUGGUGCAGCUCCUGUACAGAGCCUCCUGCUUCAAGGUGACAAAGAGAGACGAAGACUCCUCUCUGAUGCAGCUUAAGGAAGAAUUUCGGACGUACGAGGCUCUCAGGAGAGAACAUGACGCUCAGAUUGUCCACAUUGCCAUGGAAGCUGGUCUUCGGAUUUCACCUGAGCAAUGGUCAUCUCUGCUGUAUGGAGACUUGGUCCAUAAGUCCCACAUGCAGUCCAUCAUAGACAAGUUGCAGUCUCCAGAGUCAUUUGCGAAAAGUGUUCAGGAGUUGACGAUCGUUCUGCAGAGGACUGGGGACCCUGCCAACCUGGCGAGUCUCAGACCUCACUUGGAGCUUCUGGCCAACAUUGACCACAACCCCGAUGACAUAGCACCAUCCUGGGAGGAGCUGGAAAGUGUGAUGUUGGCCGUGAAGCUGGUGGUGCACGGGCUUGUGGAGUUUAUCCAGAACUUCAGCAAAAAAAGUCAUGACACUCCACAGCCACAGACCAACAGCAAGUACAAGACCAGCAUGUGCAGAGACCUUCGUCUGCAGGGAGGAUGUCCAAGAGGGACCAACUGCACGUUUGCACACACGCAGGAUGAGCUAGAGAAAUUCAGAUUACGGAACAAGAAGAGCUGCAGUGUUGGUCGAACUGUCCCGUUAGUUUUGGGCAAAACCUUUGCUCUAGACAGCACGCUACUCAAUGACCUGCCAGCACAGACCCAUAAUGGUACUGCAGAGAGUCCUGAGUCGCUGGCGGAGGAAGUAUCUGGUCGAAAUCACACGCAUCUGAUCUCCAGAGCUGCUGACAUAAUGGAGGAAAGUAAAAGAACAGUGCCAAGCAGAUCAAUCGUCUCUUCCACCAACAGUGCCUCGGAGCAGUUUUCUCCUCCCAGAGCUCCUGUCAGCCAUUCAUCGACGUCGCCUCCAUCAAACACCGCCAGUCGGGCUGAAGGUGGAAAUCAUCUGUCCAAACAUAUUCCCUUUAUAAUGCGUGCACAACUUCCAUCUCAGGCAUCAGAACUUUAUUUCCAGGAGAACCAUGCGACGUUUGAUCCGGGACACUAUCAGCCUGGCUCUUGCUCCUACUACCCUUCUCCUCUCCAUCCACCUCACAAACACUGCAUGGCUCGGUUCCUCAGAUCCUCCAACGUGCUUGAAUCCCCGCUACCUCCUUCCCUUGGCCCUAGUACUACUCUUUACCCAGGUGAUCCCCAAACGCCACAUCCACCGACCACAUCAUCUGCUGGAUAUGGACCACAUCCAUCCAGAGAUCGGAUUGGACCCCAUGCCUUUCACCAUCAUCCUGGUCAGCCAUCGUAUGCCCCUCCACAUGGUAUUUACGCACCUCUCUAUGACACCAGGAGAGUAUGGAGGCCACAGUUGUACCACAGAGAAGAUGCUCGUAGUAAUUCUCUGCCUCCAGAGGUUUUACAUUCCUCUGUCUAUCAGCCACCGCUCAGGGAGAGAUUCAACUCUCUAGAUAGCAACUACUGCUCCAGUUCUGAACACCGUGCAGGACUACACAGAGACUUUGGCCGGGUCCCACUGGGCUAUGAGGAUCUGUUCAGAAGGAAACAGGAGCAGUGGGCGCAUCAUCACCACCAUCACAGUGCCAGUAGACCUUCACAGUCCUCCCCAAUAUUCACCAUUGAUUUUGGAACUGAGCAUGUGGAGAGUGGAGGAGGCCAGUGUGUGGGGUGCAGGAUGCGAAGCGACUCUCACUAUUCUCCUUGGUCCUGUGGCACCAUGGGCCGUCGUCUCAGCCCAUUUGAACCUGAAGCAGUUACGCAAACACCCCCUCUUGCCUGUGCCGACCAACAGGAAAUAGACCAUAACAGUAGCGGAGGUGGUACUGCUGUUGGAAAGCGAUGGAUCCACACGUUAGAUCACUACCGGCGUUUAAAAGAGGAAGACCCAAUUAUUCCCUUCAGUGAGGGACCCAUUAUCUCCAAAUGGGGGGCCAUAUCAAGGGCUUCUCGGACGGACUACCACACCACGGAUCCUGUCCAAGCCACAGCUUGCCAGCGAAGCUCCAGCACCACACCAGUCAGCUUUAAAGAUUACAACCCACACCUGGAACACAAUGAGUACAGGUGGGGCUCCAGAGGAUCAGACUCAUCCAGCCACUCCAGUUUCCUUGAGAGUGAGCAGCUUUGUGUGUCCAAGUCGCUGGAUCGUCGCACAUCUGUUAGCAGUGGGGAACAAAUCCUGUCCGACUGUCCGACGCAUCCAAGAGCGUACAGCCAGCACCAAACCUCCGAACAAGAGUCGUGUGAACCAGAACCUGAACAUGACAUUGAACUUGAUCUCUGCUCCAUGGAUUUGGAGGACUCGGACCGGGCACAAGACAAGACUCAGGAGUGUGUAAACCGGACUGCCUCACAUUCUCAGGAAAGCUUGCAUCUCCUUCCAACUCCUUGCUCCUCACCCCUUCUCACCUCCAACAUGGAGGAUCUCCACCAAACAGACGGCCCGUCUGCUGAAAAGAUGGACUCUCAUCUGCUAAAAAAGAUGGCCUUCAGGAAGUCGUUGUCUCCAGGAGCGUUGGUGUCAGGCAGUCCGGGAGUUAGCAAGCUGCUGCUGCGAACGGGACCCCACCGACUUGGGGACUCUUCUCCCGUGUCUUGUCCUGAAAAUCAAGCUGAAUUGGUGCUUAAUCGAAGUUAAUCCAUUUAAUCAUUCAAUCAAAACAACAAUAUUUUU